AUGGCAAUUCUUUUGUCAAACACAGUACGGUUGCCAAUGUUAAUUUGUAUAAAAAAUAUUUUUUUUGGUACAAAUAAUUAUCAUACAAGAUCCAUCAUGACAACUUGUAAAAAACUUGAAAAAGUUUUGGAACAUCUUGAAAAGAAUCCUUUUUUUGAGAAAUAUAGUAAUAAAAUAGCCAAGUUGCAACAAACUAAGUCAAAUGAAUUUCUGCAGCGUGCUGAAAACCAAGAAAAAUUGCAAAAAGCGAAAGGAAACAAGGAUACGAUUUAUUUAUCAAGACCUUAUCAUAUUCAGACUUUAUGGACAUAUCCAUUCUUAAUGAUAAGAACACAACCAUCAUGGACUUCUAUUAAAAAAAGGAAUUUUAGUGAUCAUGCAGUUAAAAACAUAUAUAUUACUACACCUAUUUUUUAUGUUAAUGCUGGACCUCAUAUUGGACAUCUUUAUACAGCAGUUUUGGCAGAUGCUAUAGCCAGAUUUAAUGCUAUGCUGGGACAUUCUGUAUUUUUAUGUACCGGUACAGAUGAACAUGGCACAAAAGUUCAGAAAGCAGCAAGUAGCAUGAAUUUAUCCUGUCUUGAGUAUUGUACUCAAAUUUCACACGAAUUUCAAAAAAUGUGUAACAUGUUUCACAUUGAAUACUCAAAAUUCAUUAGGACAACUGAAGUAGCACACCAAGAAGCAGUUUAUCAUUUUUGGAAUUGUUUAGAAAAGAAUGGACAUAUUUAUCAAGGAAAAUAUUCUGGCUGGUAUGACAUAACGGAAGAAGCAUUUGUCUCAAACAAAGAAAUACAGGAAAAGAAUUCUACAAAUAUUAACUAUACAAAUACAGAAUCCGGAAAUACAAUAGAGUGGAUGGAGGAAGAUAAUUAUAAAUUUCGUCUUACUUCUUUUAAAGACAACUUAUUAUAUUGGUUGAAGGAUGAAAAUGUGAUAGAACCAAAAAUAUAUCACAAAAUGUUGAUUCCAUGGUUAGAGGAUGUACAAGAUUUAAGUAUUUCUAGACCUAUUAACAGGGUAUCUUGGGCAAUACCUACCCCUUCUGAUGAAUCUCAUACAAUAUAUGUGUGGCUAGAUGCAUUAGUGAAUUAUUUAACUUCAUUGGGAUAUCCAGAUAAUUCAUUUAGAAAAUUUUGGCCACCAACUGUACAAGUUAUAGGAAAAGAUAUAUUGAAAUUUCAUGCUAUAUUUUGGCCAGCAUUUUUAAUGGCUGUUGGUCUUGAACCACCAAAAAAGCUUGUGUGCCAUGGACAUUGGAUUAUUAGCGAUAAAAAAAUGUCAAAAUCCGAAAAGAAUGUAAUUUCACCUUUUACAGCUGUGCAUAAUUUUACUGAUGAUGGUUUGAGGUAUUUUCUCGUACGACAAGCAGUACUACAUUCAGAUGCAAAUUAUAACGAUUUAAAAGUUCAGAAAGUAUUAAAUUCUGAACUUUCUGAUACAUUAGGUAAUCUAGUUAAUCGUUGUUUUGGUAAAGCUAUUAAUCCAGAUGGUAUAAUAUAUAAUUCUGCCGAAUAUAAAAGUAUUCUAAAAACUGAUGUAGCUCAGGAAAAUAUAAAAGCUUUAGAAGAAUUAAGUGCAAAGGCUAAGGAAUAUUAUGAGAAAUAUAAUUUCUGUCAUAUGGUAGAUACUGUGAUGAAUAUGUUACACAUUGCCAAUAAGAUGUUUGACUAUUAUAAACCAUGGCAUUUAAAGAAAUCUGAAGAUCUCGAUUCUGUCAAGCAAUUCGAAGCGCUAAUGUCUUUAACUAUGGAAAAUUUACGAGUAGCUGCUUUAGUAUUGCAUCCUAUUAUACCAAAGUCAACUUCUAAUCUUCUUGAUUUUUUUCAAGUUCCAAUGAAAAAUCGUACAUGGGAAGAUACAAAACCACUUCAUUUAACCAAUAACUCAAAUGAAACAAAACAUAUUUUGUCACGAAAUAUGUUAUUUUUUAAGAAGAUAAAGAAUUAA